UCGUUUAGUUAGCCGUUUUGACUAUCGGGAUAUCGAGGGGAGGGUAUCUGGAUUCUAGAUUUUUGACCAUCAUCCGUUUGACCAGAGCAUUUCUGCGUUGGUUUCGAUUAUCGAUCGUCAAUUAAUUGUCAGUUUGAGUUGGGGGCUAUAAAUUGUGGUUUUGAGUCGCGCUCGAGCCCGCCAUGGCUUUCCAAUUCGCCAUUGACCGCGGCGGUACAUUCACGGAUGUGUUUGCCAAAUGUCCCAACGGCCAGAUUCGCGUCAUGAAACUGCUGUCCGUGGACCCAUCCAAUUAUGCGGAUGCCCCUCGGGAAGGCAUCCGACGGAUUCUCGAGUCGGAGUUGGGCGUACCCUUUCCCGCCGAGGCGCCCAUUGAUCCAGCCCAUAUUGAAUGGAUCCGAAUGGGCACUACCGUGGCUACCAAUGCCUUGUUGGAGAAGAAGGGUGAACCCACGGCCUUAGUGGUCACCCAGGGCUUCAAAGAUCUGCUCUAUAUCGGCAACCAAGCCCGACCCAAACUGUUCGAUCUCGAUAUCGUGGAACCCAAUACCUUGUAUGACGAUGUAGUGGAAGUUGAAGCCCGCGUUUACUUGGAUGACCCUCGUUGUCAGCUAGAUAAGUCUCACAUGACAGAAAAAGAAACAUCGACCCAAGAAAAAGUGUUUGUCAAACAAGAGUUAGACGUGGAUCAAUUGAGAACCAAGUUGCAAGCCGUGCUCCGCCGGGGUAUCAAGAGUCUGGCCGUAGUCUUAAUGCACUCUUAUCACUUUAAAGACCAUGAGCAACAAGUGCGGACACUGGCUGAAGAGUUAGGAUUCGUGCACAUCUCCCUCUCAUCCGAGAUUAUGCCCAUGAUUCGAAUUGUGCCUCGAGGUCAUACGGCUAGUGUGGAUGCCUACCUGACACCCUCCAUUCAUAAGUAUGUGCGAGGAUUCGCCGCCGGAUUCAAGGACAAUCUGAAAGGCGUCAAUGUCACCUUCAUGCAAUCAGACGGGGGAUUGACCCCCAUGGGAGAAUUCAAUGGGUCCAGAGCCAUUAUAUCGGGGCCGGCGGGAGGAGUGGUGGGAUAUGCUCAAACGACGUAUCAGGCGGCCAAUCAACAAGCCGUCAUUGGUUUUGACAUGGGGGGAACUUCGACGGAUGUGAGCCGUUAUGAUGGCGCCUAUGAACACGUGUUUGAAACCACCACGGCAGGGGUAACGAUACAAGCCCCUCAACUUGACGUGAAUACGGUAGCUGCCGGAGGAGGAUCUCGACUCUUUUUUCGCUCGGGCCUUUUCGUCGUGGGACCGGAAUCUGCUGGCGCUCAUCCUGGACCUGUGUGCUAUCGGAAGAAUGGCCAUUUAGCCAUAACUGAUGCUAAUUUGGUGCUUGGGCGUAUUCUCCCCGAUUACUUUCCCAAAAUAUUCGGUCCAAACGAAAACGAACCCCUUGAUAAAGAAGCAUCAUUGACAGAAUUUCAGAAGUUGACAGAAGAGAUCAACGAAUUCAGAAAACAGGCGGGCGAAACCAAGACCAUGACGUUAGAGGAGGUUGCGAUUGGUUUCAUUCAAGUGGCUAAUGAGUCAAUGUGCCGACCGAUUCGCGCUCUUACUCAAGGAAAGGGCUACGAUACAGCACGACAUGUUUUGGCAUGCUUUGGGGGUGCUGGAGGCCAGCAUGCUUGCGCCAUUGCUCGAUCUUUAGGGAUGAAGCAAGUCUAUGUUCAUAAGUAUGCAGGGAUUCUCAGCGCUUAUGGUAUGGCCCUGGCUGACGAGGUCCAUGAAGCUCAAAUCCCUUGUGGGAAGAAGUAUCACGAGGACAACUUUGAAUUUGUGGAUACCUCACUGGAUCAAUUGCAGGCCGAAUGUGUGGAGAAGAUAAAAUCUCAAGGUUUUGAGGAGUCUCGCAUCGAAACCGAAGUUUACCUUCACCUUCGUUAUGAAGGUACGGAUUGUGCAUUGAUGUGCAUGGCUACGAAACCAGAUUCCGGACAUCCUAAACACGGAAACUUUUUGGACCCGUUUUUUGAACGUUAUCAAACUGAAUUUGGAUUCACUCUGUCAAAUCGUGAUGUAAUUGUGGAUGACAUCAGGGUUCGUGGCAUUGGGAAAACUGCAUUUACCGAUGAGGUGGAGUUAUCAAGUGGUGCAGACGAGCCUAAGCAUGUUCACACUGAAAAGAUUUACUUCAAAGGAGGCCCCAGAGAUUGCAAGGUAUACCGUUUGAAAGACCUUUUACCGAGUCAAGAAAUUCAUGGCCCUUCCAUUAUCAUGGAUGACUUAAGCACUAUUUUGGUGGAGCCUGAUUGCAUUUGUACGAUAACUUCCCAAGGGAAUAUGAAAAUCGUAAUGGGGGAUGGUCAGCAUGCGCGAAUUGGAACUGAACUGGAUACGAUUCAAUUGUCCAUAUUUUCUCACCGAUUCAUGUCCAUUGCCGAGCAGAUGGGUCGAAUCCUACAACGAACAUCAAUUUCUACCAAUAUCAAAGAGCGGCUGGAUUUCUCGUGCGCAUUGUUUGGACCAGACGGUGGUUUGGUAUCGAAUGCGCCGCACAUUCCAGUUCAUCUCGGAGCCAUGCAGGACACUGUCCGGCAUCAAAUGAAAGUGCAGGCCGGCAAUCUACAUCGUGGCGAUGUUAUACUGGCAAACCAUCCCAAAGCUGGAGGAUCGCAUCUCCCGGAUUUGACCAUAAUAACACCCGUGUUUUUCUCGGACCAUAAGGAGCCUGUGUUUUUCGUCGCCAACCGAGGACAUCAUGCAGAUAUUGGCGGUAUUUCUCCAGGAUCCAUGCCUCCUCAUUCAAAAUUCCUUUGGGAGGAAGGGGCAAGCUUUAAAAGUUUUAAGAUUGUUGACCGUGGAGACUUUCAAGAGGAGGCUUUGAUUGCUAAGUUUCAAGAGCCCGGGAAAUACCCGGGAAGCUCGGGCACACGUUGCCUGCAAGAUAACCUCUCGGAUCUAAGGGCCCAGAUUGCGGCGAAUCAGAAAGGAAUUCAAUUAGUGACGGGCCUAAUUGAUGGCUAUGGACUGGACGUUGUACAAGCAUACAUGAAACACAUUCAAGAUAACGCUGAAGUUGCCGUUCGCGACAUGCUCUCCGCCAUAGGCAAAUCGGUGAAGGAAAGGACAGGGAAAAGCGCGUUAAAAGCUGUCGAUUAUAUGGAUGACGGAUCUCCGAUCAAUUUGAAGGUGGACAUUGAUGUGAGUGAAGGGAGUGCCACUUUUGACUUUUCUGGGUCUGGUCAUCAAGUAUGGGGUAACACAAACACCCCACGAGCUGUGACCUUCUCCGCCCUGAUCUAUUCAUUAAGGUGCAUGGUUGGCCAUGACAUCCCUCUCAAUCAAGGAUGCUUGACACCUGUCAAGGUGAUCAUUCCUGAAGGUUCCAUUUUGGACCCCUCUGAAGAUGGAGCGGUAGUGGGAGGGAACGUCCUCACCUCUCAACGACUCGUGGAUGUGAUUUUGAAGGCCUUUGAGGUUUGCGCGGCCAGUCAAGGGUGUUGCAACAACAUCACGUUCGGUGAUGGACAGUUCGGAUACUACGAGACGGUGGCUGGUGGAGCCGGCGCCGGUCCCACUUGGAAUGGACGUUCCGGCGUUCACGUCCACAUGACCAAUACUAGAUUGACAGAUCCCGAAAUCCUCGAGCGAAGAUACCCGGUCAUUUUGGAGCAUUUCUCUUUGGCCUCUGGCACUGGGGGCAUUGGACAACACAAGGGAGGCGAUGGUGUGCUUCGACGAAUGCUUUUUCGCAAGGAUCUGACGUUGUCCAUUCUGACAGAACGCCGCGUCCUGAGUCCGUAUGGAAUGGCAGGCGGAGCAAAUGGUCACCGAGGUGUCAAUUUGUUGGAGAGGAAAGACAAGACCCUCUAUUUGGGGGGGAAAUGUGCCAUUCCCGUGGAAAGUGGGGAUGUGUUUUCUCUACAAACUCCAGGAGGAGGAGGGUGGGGGCCGACGGAAAUGAAUGACAAUGAACGAGGCGAAAGCGGUGGAAACGCUAAGCAGGGACCAUUUCAUCAACCUGGACAGCCGCCGAGUGAUGAGGAAAGGGACACAACAAUCCGAUUUGUAGAAAAAGGAAGUCUCUACGACUAUCAACANGGAAACGCUAAGCAGGGACCAUUUCAUCAACCUGGACAUCCGCCGAGUGAUGAGGAAAGGGACACAACAAUCCGAUUUGUAGAAAAAGGAAGUCUCUACGACUAUCAACAAACGCAACACUCGGCCUAAUGAGAUUCCUGCGUCUUUGAUGUGCUCGAAUGUCCUCGCACUCAUUGUUGAGGGGGUGGAUGAAAUAAAGAUUGAAUAAUCUCAAUGUCUCUCGCUCUCUCGCGCUCUUUAGUUCUCUCGGGGUCCAUCUCUUGAUCUCCUGCGCCCAUUAUUACCUUUUCUUCUCUUGUCUUUAAUCUGACCACCUUGGUUGCUCUCUUUUGAGGAUUUCCUUCCAUUUCCUUUACA